CUGACUGCCAAUUGUCGAGCUGCAUAGCCCUACAUUUCAUUCGUUCGUUCAGGAGGAAUUCAUGAAAUGCGAUUUUUGAGACAAUUCUUGCAAAAAAAGUCUUAACAACAUUUUACAACAAAUUACAAGCGUGUUAAGUGAGUGCGUUAAACGAAAAAAAGCUCGUAAGCCGUGAAAAGGUCAUCAUCUAUGGAAACGGUCGGUGAAGAAAUGAAAACGUGGUAAAGAAUGUGAAGCAAAUAUCUAAUGAAGAAAAAAUGAAAAGUUUUUAACACCAAACAGCAACAACAAAUACAAGUAGUGAAGAAGAAACAAAAAAAAGAGUAGCAAAAGAACCAAGAGCGAGCCAGCCAACCCAACAACACACAAGUGACAGCCAGGCCGUAUGAGCCAAAUUAUUAGUGAAAAGAAGCACAAGAAGAAUACACCCAAUACAAAAAAAAGAAGAAGAAAUGAAAAAUUCUUCCAAAUUUAUUUAAAUAAAUUAAGAAAUUGAGAUAUUUAGCAUAUCGUGGCGUUCGGAAAAAAGAAACAAAACGUGGAAAUAAAGCGUAAAACACAAAUAUCGUAUCAAUUAAGAAUCUUGCUAGGUGUUGGUGUGUGCGUGUGUGAGUGUUGUGUGCAGCCCCAAAGAGGAGCAAAGUUUGGCAAACCGAGAAAAGUUAGAAGUGUAUUUUGUUGACCAAUGUUGAGAUUAUUCAAUAUGGGUUAUUAAUUAAAUGAAAAUAAACGAAUUUAUUUCAUGUUCUGCUCAAAAGUUAGUUCAAGAAAAAAUCCUACAAAGGUAGAAAAAUUAUAAAGAAAUAACAAAAUAACUAACAAAAAUAGUCGGAAGCCUAAUAAAUAAAAGAAGAAAACCUGCCAAUAGCCACAAACUGACGUUUACGUUGUCCGUCACCUUCAAUAACAACAACGACGACGUUGACGUCGACGUCGCCAUCGUUGACUCGAGCAGCAUCGGCAUUUCUGCCCGUAAUCGUCGUCACGAAUAACAGCAACUGCAAGUGCAACAAUAACAACAACAAAAACAAUAUCUAAUAAACAACAAAUCUAAUCUCCCUCUCUUCGAAAAAUUAGCCAAAAUUUAAACUCCAUCCAGUAAAACAACAUCAAAAUGGAUGAGGAUGAAAAUAAUCAGGCGGCACAUAGUAAUCGUACAAGAAGAACUUCCCCCAGUAACACCACCACGACUGCCACGAACGAUCAAGAUGGUAUCGAAGUUACUGCCGAAGCUACCAACUCAGAUUUAGAUUUCGACGACGAUGAUGAUUUGCUGGAUACCAUUGAGGUGACUGUUACCACAGAUGGUGCUCCAAUGCCUCGAGAUGAGACGGAUGAAUUUGAAAUUAUCAAUCUUACCUCUCCUGCAUCAUUAGUUAAUAAUUUGGCGACCUCCUUGGCGGCGGCCGCAGCCAAUGCCACCAAUCAAAUGACGAGGGAGAGGCAAAUUCAGGAUACUCGUCUGACCACGUUAGCAAGUGUGAUUUUCAGUAAUGCGCCCAAUUAUCGAAUAAAUCGAAAUCAAGCGGCAGGUCAGGGAACAUCAACGGCGGGUGGCCCAAAUCGAUCCACCACCAAUCCGGCUCAUACUCUAAAUUUAAGGGUACCUUGGAAUUAUGGAGCAAAUGCAACGGCUGCCACCUCAGCAUCGGCAGGUGCAGCAUCCGGCUCGGCAUCUGGCCACACAAAUGCAACACCACAAUAUGAAGUAAUGCACUGGGCCGGUGAUUAUGAUACCAUGAGCAAUGAUGACAUGGAUGAGGCCAGCACUUCGGAGAGGGCAACAAAUUUGAGUUCGACAGCCGAUAGUGGAGUUGAUGAUUUUGGUUUGGGCCCAGCCGAUAGUGGUGACAGUGGUGCCGGCGGUGCUGUGCCCAGUUUCUUCUUCGAUAGUUCUUCAUUUCGUUCACGCACCCGCAAAGAAGUUGCUGCUCUCAUCAAUGCCGAGUGUUGUCGUGGUGGACCAACACCCGAUUUGGAUUAUAUUAUGGAUCAGUUUUUCAAUCCCAGCACACCCAUUGAUAACCCGGAUAAUAUUUCAUGGAUUAGGUGGUUAAUUGCUGGCGGUCGUACCAUUAGGGAGUUUGUUAAAAUUGUUCGCAGCUAUGAUAAUCACGCCAAAUGUGGUCUAGUUUGGGUUCCCCACGUUGUGGCAUAUCGUUGUCGCACCUGUGGCAUUUCCCCCUGCAUGUCCAUCUGCCGUGAUUGCUUCAAGAAAGGUGAUCACACCAAUCAUGAUUUCAAUAUGUUCUUAUCUCAGGCCGGUGGAGCCUGCGAUUGUGGUGAUACAUCGGUGAUGAAAGCCGAAGGCUUCUGCAGUGAUCAUGGCAUUAAUAAUCGCCAAAACAAGGAACCCGUACCGAACAAUCUGCUGGCCGUUGCCGAGGCCAUAAUGCCAAAAUUACUCUUUCGUCUGUUGCAACAUUUUCGCGAACACAGCGAUGCGGCAUCGCAAACCUUCAACAUGGCCGCCCAUUUGUGUGAGGAGUUCACAAACAUGCUCAUCGAUUUGAAUAAUAUGGGCGAAAUUAUGCGUAAGGUGAUGACUCGAGCCCUAAUUAGCAAAGAGGUCUAUAAGCAGUUCAAUGAUGUGAAUUAUCUCACCUCGCGACAUGCUCAAGUCCUAAAAGAGAAUCGCGAAAAGUAUGAAGAUGCUGUCAACCGUUUUCCACGACCCGAACCCCCAGAUGACUACAAACACCUGCCGGCACUGGGAGAGAAACUGGUACACAGUACCCUGCUGGAAGAGUUCAUAUUUUGGACCUUCAAAUUUGAGUUUCCACAAAAUUUGGUCUGCUUUCUGCUAAACAUGCUGCCCGAUCAGGACUACAAGGAACAUCUGACGCGAACAUUUGUCAUGCACUACAGUCGCAUACCAUCUGUGCUGGAAAUGUCCAAAGAUCCGGAUACCCUGAGCAAUCGUGUGGUACACAUGAGUGUCCAAUUGUUUUCCAAUGAAAGUCUAGCCCUCAAAAUGGUCAAAGAGCUGUCUUUGCUGCAUGUCAUGAUCAUCAGUCUCAAGCUAAUGAUGUCGAAAAUUCUCAUACAGAAUACCUUACAUGAUCCCUCAAAAAACUUCCACUUUGUCAUCGAUUGCACCCGCCAAGUCAUGAAAGAUCAUUGCUAUUGGCCACUGGUGUCCGAUUUCAAUAAUGUUCUCUCCCACGAAUCGGUCGCCUUGGUCUUCUUGCGUGAUGACAAUUUGAUUGAUAUGUGGUUUCAAUUUCUCUCCAUGCUGCAGGGCAUGAAUGUCAAUGUACGCGAAACAGCCUCACAUGUUGAAUUCGAACCGAAUUCGUAUUAUGCUGCUUUCUCUUGCGAACUGGAGGCAAGUGCCUAUCCCAUGUGGUCGAUAAUAUCACAUUUGAAAGAUGGCAAACAUGCUGAUUUGGCCAAGAAGAUCAUCACCUAUUGUGUGAAUAUGCUGCACGAAUGGUUGGAGGCGAUCUAUUUUCAGCAGCCAAAAAUUUCUCAAGAGGAAAUGCUACAGGCCUCAUUUCAUUUUCCCUUGCAUCGUUAUUUGUCGGCCUUCGUUUGCCAAGCUGUCACAAAAAUGGGCAUGUCUUUGUCCGAAGUUCUACCAACAAGAUCCUAUAUAUUGCCUUUGCUAAUGAUGCAUCCAUUGAGAGUUCAGAGUUUCUUCUAUGAAAUCUUGGCCGGCAUCUGGGUGCGCAAUGGUCUGCAAAUCAAAGGCCAAGCCAUGACCUAUAUCCAGGCAAAUUUUUGCAAUUCCAUGGCCGAUAUGGAUUUAUUCUUCUUGCAAAUCUGUGCCACCAAUAUGCCUCAAUGUUUCUUCCUGCACAAUACAAUCGAGAUGUUCGGUGUGACUCAGUGGUUGGAAACGGCACCGCUGAAACAAACCCAAAAAAUGGAACAAACCUCAAUGCUAGAAGGCUUUCUAACAUUCCUGGCCACACUGGUGACCAGUCGUACGAAUUUGGGCAACGAUGAGGCCACACAGUGCAUUAUUGAAAUCAGUGCCCUCUUGGCAACGGAGAAUAAAACACACUCGCAGCUACUGGAGCUGAUGCCCGAACGUUCCGGCAAUGUGCAUACGAAAAAUUUCGAAACUUUCCUAAAACAAUUGUCCGUGUACAAGGCGCCAUCGGCUGGUUCAGAGAAUCUAGAGCAAGGUCUAUUCACACCCAUCGAUCAGGUGUGGGAGGAAUACUAUGAUCCCUUACAUGUUCUACUACGUGCAGUACAUCGCCGUGAUUUCCAAUCCUCGCUGGAUCGUUUUACAAACUAUGUUAAGUCCAAGAAUCGUAUGCCGGCAAGCGGGAAUUUAUGGCCACCAUUCCGUUUGCCUCGCCCGGUGGGGGCAGCUUUUAGUGAUCCCUGUCGUAUUUUGAAUUCUCGCAUCUUCCAUUCGACCAUCUUGUCGAUUUUGUAUCGAGCUGUGCAUUCUCGCGAUGUGUCCGAACACCUACUGGCCUUAGCAAUAUUCCUUUUGGAGAUUGCCGUCGAAACGAGCGAAGACACCAAGCCAUCAAGCGGAGGUAGUGAUAAGGCGGCCGUUGUCGAAUGUGAAGAUCAACAAAGGCCUUGUUAUCCAUUUGGCAUGCGCCGAGAUCCACCCAAGUUAUUCAAAUGUUAUCCCACAAAUAAUCUUAGCUGCAAUCUAAGGCAUGUGGUCUCGAAAAUUUCCCUAAAAUCACAUGAGCCACAAGUAACCCCGGCCCAUUAUCGUCCCUCAAAUCCAUUUUACACUGAUGUUGAUUUUGACAUCGACGAUACGCCCAGCAUGGAUAUAACACCAUCAUGGUACGCAGGGGGUGGUGGUGGAGAACGUAAUUUGAGUGUUGUGCACAGCACUUCUGUUUCCAGUGGUGGUAUCGGCACCACAUCAACCGCAAUUGUGCCUAUGCGUACGCAAAAUAUGGAAGUUGCCGUACCAGCCGAAUUAUCCUUAGUACGGGAAACUGGUCUUGUAAUGAGACAAGAUAGCCAAGAUGAUGAUUCGGUACAUGAAAUGGGAAAUGCAAUUGGUGGAGCAAUAGCAGCAGGUGGCUCCCGGUCACCGGCAAUGGAAUAUCGUUUCUCUCUGCAGCCCAUUACAAUGUCCGGAGAUAUUAAUACAGGCAUGGAAGUGGUGUUACGUGACGGCCAGGCGGCUGGUCCAUCCAAUGCCGGCCAGGCCGGAGCCGCCGCCACCCAACAUCAGAAUCAAAGCCAAUCGGAUAUGUUGACACCAACCACACCCACUUCCAUGGGCAGUCUUAUACCAUUUCCCCGUGUACAACCUGUUGCAGUGCCAAGCACCAACAUGGACAUUAUACCUUCCAAUCCGGGUGCCUUGGGGGUGGGACGAACACGCCUUGCCUAUGAGGUAAGCAAUCGCAAACGUUCGGUGGAGAAUGCCAUCGAUGGCAAUGGCAAAGACGAUGUGGUCAUUGAGGAAAGUAUACUCUCAUUGCUGCUGAAGUUGCACUCACAGCUGAGUGGUACCCUGGACAGUUUCUCCAUCACCGACGAUGAUGAUCAAGAAGCUGAAAACACCACCCCAUCAUCGUCUGCCAUGGAUGUAGACUGUGAAGAUUCUGCCGAAGAACCUUCAACCUCGUCGGCAGCCAAAGCUGCGGCCGCCUCUAGUCAAACAAAGAAACGCAACAUUAAAGUGUCGGAUUCACGAGUGGGCGAUGGCCCCUUCUUCAUAGGCAAUCUGCUGAGGAAAAUCGCCCAACACGAUGAGUUAUGUGCCCAAAACAUCGAUGAAAUACGCCGUAAACUCUGGCCAAAUCAAAGGGAAAAACAAGCCGAAGCAAGGGCUCGUGAGGCCAAGGAGAAGGAAGAGAGGCGCAAACGUGCCCGGGAGAGGCAAAUGAAAAUGAUGCAAGAAUUCGCCAACAAACAAAAGGAAUUCAUGCAAACGGCAGCCGCCUCCAACUUGGAUGCUGGCAUGGAAGAAGAGGAAGAACUCUAUGAGGAACAACCCCGCGAAAAGGAAUACGAUUGCAUUAUCUGCAAUUGCACGACACCCAGCACAGAAUCGAAUCCCAUCGGUUUGGUGGUGCUCGUCGAGUCUAGCGGCAUUGUGGGGCACCGACGCCGCACAAGUGAACGUCUACCACUGCCUCUAAGUCCCGAAGAUGAGGAGCGACUGAAACAUAGCAGCCGCCUGGCAACGGAAUUCAAUCGUCGCACCGAACUGCUAAGUUUGAAAUUUGGCGAAGAAUCAUGGUAUCUAUCCAACAACAUGGCCUAUGAAAACGGUGUACACGUACAGUCGUGUGGUCAUCACGUUCACCUCAGCUGUUUGGAUGCCUAUCUGAAGACACUGUACGCCAGCCAAAGACAACAUCAACACGAGCGCGGAGAAUUCUAUUGUCCUGUGUGUCGACAACUAUCGAAUUCGGUACUGCCCUUGAGUCCACAACUGGAUCGUCCAACGCCUGUUGUACGUUCCGGGCAACAGCCUUUCGAACAGUUGGUAGCGGAAUUAACCAAUCUUAUUAAGGAGAAUGAAAAACCACCGAUCUCAACAAAACUAUCCGAAGCCAUGGGUCGUGCAAUGGAAGAUAUGACAAAUAUAACGCAUCGUAAAAUGAAACGUGUACCACCCACGUUCCGUAGCCUAUUCAUUUUUGUUACCUCAAUAGCUCGCACCAAUUUAGAAUCUGAAAUUAUACAACGCGGCGGAACGCUGUGCUCCACCAAUCCAACACGGUAUAAGGCCAAACGUGAUUGUAUUGUACCACUGCUACAUGUACUGUCCGUACAUGUGCGUGUACUAGUCGAAUGGCCGUUGUGGAGUUCCUGGGCUUCGCUGGCCGGUAUGCCGGUAACGGAUAUUGCCUCUGUGCCUUCACACUGUCGUGAAGUGAUACCGGCAAUUUUAGCGGAUCCAAUAGCAUUGCUAUUGAAAUACAUACUUCUGGCUCCACUACAUUUAGAUCAGGAAUAUUUCACAUGUAUGGUAAAGGUUAUGUACAAUUUAUUGUACUACCAAAUUGUCGUGCAGCUAUGUGUUACCCUGACUGAUCUCGAAUGUGAUUACAUUCUGGCCAACUUUGAUGCUUCCCCCUCGGCUGAAUCACAAGCGGCCACUUCCAAUCGUCGCAAUUCGAUGCGUUCCUCUCCCCAUGAAUAUUUGGGCAGAGCCAUGGCCUUAGUUUUGAAAAAUACCAAUAGAAUGUCUCACUUAAGGCGUGACAGUAUACCUUCCACCUCCGCUGCUGCUUCCGCCAUGAAUGCCACCCUUACAGCCACUGCCAAUGCCGCUGCCGCUGCCGCCGCAGCUACAACAGCCGGCUCGAGUUCUAGCAAUUCUCCCACGACCAGUGGUACAUCCAUACUGGCGGGCAUUGAAGUCAAUCUUAAAUCAAUGGAAAAUAAAUUACAAACUUUGUGUUUACCAUUUUUGCGUAUUGCCGCUCUGCUGCGCCAGCAUUUGUAUCGACAUGAAAUGCCAGAAAUUUCAGCACCCGGUUUGGAAUUUGUACGUUUGGUUUAUUACUUGGAGUUGGUAACCGAUUCAAUGGAUUGGGAUUGUUUUAAUGCAUCGAAAGGUCUAUGCUUUAUACCCGGCGGUUCAGAGGAUACAUUACCCAAAUUUUGGUGUAGACAAUUAAUGAAUAUCCGACCACCAACGGAUACGGUACGAGAAUUGGUUAUACUCAAUCAACAUGCUUCGUGGCAUCAACCAAAACUUUUGCAAUUACCAAGAGAAUAUGAACGUUUGUUUACGUAUUACCAUGAACGACCAUGCCUGAAUUGUUAUAAAGUACCUAAGGAAAGCUCUAUAUGUUUGCUGUGCGGUACCAUUGUGUGUCUGAAACAAAACUGUUGCGCCGAAAAUGAAUGCUGUGAAGCUGUCAGGCAUACCAUUACUUGUGGUGGUGGCAUUGGUAUAUUCCUGGUUGUAACAUCAACAUACAUAAUUGUGAUAAGAGGUCGUCGGGCAUGCCUUUGGGGAUCACUAUACUUGGAUGAUUUCGAUGAAGAAGAUCGAGAUUUGAAACGUGGCAAACCCUUAUACUUGAGUCAGGAUCGUUUCAAUCUAUUAGAGUCUCAAUGGCUAUCACAUAAAUUUGCCCAUACAAAGCAUACAUGGGUAUUCCAUAGAGAUUUGUUGUGAAAUAUGCAAGAAUUAUUACGCAAUAUUCAAGACAUGAUAGUAGACCUAUGAGGAGAAAUGAUGUUCAUUUAUAUAUAUAUAUAUAGAAACUAGACUUAACAAAACUAACAAGAAAUUUUAUUUUGUUUUCGAAUCUCAAUGGUUAUCCUAAAGACCGUUAAAAUUUCUAAGCCUUUUGUUUGAAGACAACAAUAUUAAUAUUAAUUUCCAUCUGUCGCCCCCAGGAGCUAAAUUGAAAUUGACUUAUAUGAAACGAACAUACAACAACAAUUUGAUCACUUGAUGAUAUUAAACCUUAUAAAAUAUGUACGUAAUAUUCUGCGAGCAGCCACAAUAACAAACACAAUAAAAUUACAACAACAACAUAUAACGCCUAAUAACUAAAUAACCAAGUUAAAUAUUAUGGAAAUUACUUUGUUAAAUCAUUGAUUAUAUUUAUAUUUCUUAAUUAAAUUGUUUAUAACCUCCUUCUCUUUCACGCUCUUCUUUUACUUUUUUUGCUUUAAAAAUUAAAUUUAUUUAAUAAUUAGACUUUUUAAUAUAAUUAAAACAAAAUACACUUCGUGUAAGUAAUAAUUUAAUUAUUAUAUACCAACCAUUAUCGUAAUAGAUUUUUUUGAAAUAUUAAACAUAUUAUAUUAAAGGGUAUAUCACAAGAAAAAACCCAAACAAAAAUGAACAAAUUUCAUUAAAAUGAAAUAAAAAAAACUAACCACAUUACUUUACAUCUUUAUUUGAAUUUAACAACAAAAAAAGACAAAACGAAUGAAAAGAGCAUAUUUUUCAAAAUAUAUAAUAUAAUUUUUAAAAAUAGUUUAAUUUUUUUAUAAAUUUCCUUUGUAACACUAAUAAAUAGUUGGCCUAUAACUAAAAGAAAUGUUAAGUAAGAAUUUAAAUAAUAUGUUUUAUUAAAUUUGAAUAAAUACACAGAAAAAAAGAAAACAA